AUGUCGUUCAAAGUCGUUCGAAAGCCCGAGGGCGGGGAUGCUUCCUUGUUAUCUCCAUCGAAUUACGACGACGACGCACCGUCUAUACAUUCAGAGCGCAGCAGUCAAGAUGACGACAGUGAUGAUGAUAAGGUACUUAAAGGGGCACGAACGUCGGCGGAUAUUAGGAAAUACGAUCGGGGUGUGUUAGAAGAGGAAGAAGAAAGGGACGAGCUACUGGAGCGGAAUCGACAGGGCGGGAAGAGGAGAGGUAGCGCAUUGGAAGGAAUAAGCUCCGGGCUUAGAGGUCUAUGGAGUAAGAGCCAUGUUUUGUUACCUGGAGCCGAUGAUGGAGGCUCCACAGAUCAGAACGACAAAGCCGAUUCAGAAGACAAACGACGCCAAAGGAGAAUUAGAAGGCAGAGAAAGAAAGAAAAAUUGAUGGAAGAUGCAAGUCAUGGCGAACCUGGAGAGUUAAUGAUUGAGAUGGAAGGGGGGCGCAUGAAAGAAGGCAGUGUGACAGGUUCAAGCAGCGAAACCGAUGAGAGUGACGAUGUCGAUAGACGUGGCUUGCUCAACAUACGGGACAAGACAGUACAACGAAAAAAGGCGAAAUGGGCUUGGUGCGCUAUAUACCUUUUGAUUGCAGCAGGUUUUGUGGCUUUGGUAUUGGUGGCGUGGAAAUUGUCGCUGAAGGCACGUUUCACUAAAGUCCACCAAAAUAUUUUGAGCAAUGGCACAGCUUUAUUCGCUCCAACAACAAUUCUGAUAAGCUUAGAUGGUUUCCGAGCCGAUUUCUUAAAGCGGGGCAUCACGCCUAGAUUAAAUGCUUUUGUGGAGGAGGGGAUCUCGCCUGUGUAUAUGAUGCCUAGUUUUCCUUCUGUCACCUUCCCAAACCAUUAUACAUUGGUUACUGGUCUCUACCCAGAAUCACAUGGAGUUGUAGGAAAUACGUUCUGGGACAAGGAACUACAAGAAAAAUUCUACUACACCAAAUCUGAAGCGAUGAACAAGAAAUGGUGGGGUGGUGAACCUCUCUGGGUCACUGCUGAAAAUCAAGGAAUUAGAACUGCCAUUCACAUGUGGCCAGGAAGCGAAGCACAUAUUAUGGAUGUGGAGCCGGCAUACUUGGAUAAAUAUAACGGGAAAGAAUUGCUGUCGAAGAAAGUCAGCCGAGUACUUGAGCUCCUGGACAAGCCUGGACAGGAGGAUAACCAAGCAGAAAUAGCUGAUACGAGACCUCAACUCAUCGCAGCGUACGUGCCAAAUGUUGAUCAGCAUGGGCAUCUUUAUGGACCAAAUAGUACUGAAAUUAGGACAACAAUAUCAGAGGUGGACACUAUGCUUGAUCAAUUGUUCCAAGGACUAGAGGCAAGGAACUUGACAAAUAUUGUCAACGUUGUCGUUGUUUCGGAUCAUGGAAUGGCUACUACAGACACAAACCGCCUUGUUCAAUUAGAAGAUAUUGUUGAUACUAGUCUAAUUGAGCACACUGACGGCUGGCCCUUGUAUGGACUUCGGCCGAAAGAUCCUGCGCACCUUCAAGGCCUUUACGAUAGUUUGGCUGCGGAAGCUGCCAUUAAUCCGAAUUUUGAUGUAUACCUACGUGAUGUCAAUAUGCCUGAACGUUAUCAUUUCUCCAAAAAUGAACGUAUCGCUCCCCUAUGGAUUGUUCCAAAGACUGGUUGGGCAAUUGUCACGAAGGAUGAAAUUGAUGUAGUUGAAGCAAAGGCGAAAGGCAUUGUCUAUCAUCCUCGAGGUUUGCAUGGCUACGAUCAUGAAAAUCCGCUCAUGAGGGCUAUUUUCAUCGCUAGAGGCCCUGCUUUCCCGCAUGAGCCAAAUAGCCGCGUUGAACCUUUUCAAAAUAUUGAAGUAUACAAUAUAAUUUGUGACUCUCUCGCUCUUACACCCAAACCGAAUAACGGUACACUACGCCUACCGCUCAAGCCUGUUGGACUCCACUCGCCCGACACAUCCCCUCCCGAACCUGCUGACCCAGAGCCUGUUCCUUCGAAAUUAGACUCUCCAACGAACGGGACUCUAUCUAUAUCGCAGAUUGAAGCUAGCCCUGCGGCAGAUCUAGAACCGGUUCCUUCGAAAUCAGACUCUUCAAAAAAUGGAACUCUAUCUAUAUCGCCUAUUGAAGCUAGUUCUGCCGCAGAUCCUAAUGUGGUUUCUCCACAUAUGGUAGGUGUUGAUACACCAGAAGACUUGGAGGAUCCAAAUGUGGACAGGCCGGUAGUGGGAGACGAAAGUAGUACGACAAAUGAUGCAAAGCAUUGGUGGGCAUGGUUCAAGGGAGAACUGGACGAGUUUAAAGGCUGGGUUUCUGAUCUGGCCCAUGGAAAUGGGAAGAAUGAGACUCAAGCGUAA